CUAUGAUGGCGAAGUCGUUCUUCAGCUCUCCUAAUCUUCGUGUCCCCUUCAAAUUCAAGCUAUUCUCUUCGUUUCCAUAUCCUACUUCGCGCGCUGAAAUGGAGACCCAAUUGGGAACUAUAUGUGAGAAGCAGAAACCCCAGUUCGCCGAGGUGGUUUGUCUGUUUCACGGUGCGGUGGACUCGAGAGUCUUCCCUUCUGGUUCAGAUUGCAAUUAUGUCUUUGGAGAUCUGGUAAAGUCGAAAAACUAUACGUUGGCCAUUUCAGUUUAUAAUAGGAUGACCCGGAGUGGUGUUUCGCCUAGUUUCCUAUCUCUGAGUGGUUUAAUUGUUUGUUUUAUGCACAACCAUAAACCAGAAUUUGCAUUUGGGGUUCUGGGAUUGAUACUGAUGCGUGGUUUUACUGUUAGUGUUUAUAUUAUGAAUGUUAUGUUGAAGGGUUUGUUUAAUAACAAGGAUUUUGACAAGGCUAUGGAUUUGUUUAGUAUGUUGAAGAGGGAGUGUGUAGUUCCAGAUAUUGUUAGUUAUAAUACUGUGAUAAAUGGACUUUGCAAGGCAAGACAAUUUCAAAAAGCUGUAGCUAUUUUGGUGGAGAUGGAAGCUGCCAAUUGUGGUCCCAAUUUGGUUACAUACACUACUUUGAUGGAUGGUCUUUGCAAGGAUGGCAAAGUAGACGAGGCCUUUGGUUUGUUGGAGGUGAUGAAGAGGAAGGGUUUGGGCGCGGAUGUUGUUGCAUAUAGUACACUUAUAAGUGGUUAUUGUAAUACAGGGAACUUAAGCAAAGCGAAAGGACUAUUUGAGGAGAUGUUGGUAAAAGGAAUUUCUCCCACAGUAAUUACUUAUAGCUGUCUAUUGAAUGGUCUUUUUAAGAUGGGGCAGUUGCAAGAAGCCGCUGAAAUGUUAGAUAGUAUGACAGAAUGCGGAAUACAACCCGAUGUUGUUACUUAUACAGGUUUAAUUAGUGAGAUAUGCAAAGAUGGGAAGGCCACUAAAGCAGUGGAUUUACUGAAUUUUAUGGUGGAGAAGGGUGAAGAGCCUAGUACUGUAACGUAUAAUGUUCUCAUUAAUGGACUAUGCAAGGAAGGGCUCGUUGGGAAAGCUUUUAAAGUUUUGGAAAUGAUGAUGGAGAAGGGGAAGAUGCCUGAUGUGGUUACUUACAAUACGGUACUGGUAGGACUCUGUAAUAACGAGAAGCUUGAUGAGGCCGUAAAGCUUUUCAAUUUUGUGCUGAAAGAGGAUAAAUCUGUUGAGCCUGAUGUGACAACUUUUAACAUUUUAAUUCAGGGACUAUGCAAGGAAGGUCGUCUGGAUAAGGCUCUAAAGAUUUAUCAUUUGAUGAUUAAGAAGGGGAAAUGUCAUAAUUUGGUAACUUAUAAUAUCUUAAUCGCAGAAUACCUAAAGGCAGGAGAAGUUGACAAGGCCAUGAAACUAUGGAGAGGUGCCCUUGAAUCAGGACUUGCUCCAAACUCAAUUACGUAUGGUGUCAUGAUUGAUGGAUUCUGCAAAAUCCAAAUGAUGAAUGUUGCAAAAGGACUUUUUAGUAAGAGGAGAUCUGCUGGGUUUAGCCCUACCUUGUCUGACUUCAAUACAUUGAUGGCAUCAUUGUGUAAGGAGAGCAGCUUGGAACAAGCUAGGAUGUUAUUUCAAGAAAUGAAAAAUGUGAAAUGUAAACCAAAUGCAAUCUCUUUCAAUAUAAUGAUUGAUGGGACUCUUAAAGCAGGGGACAUUCAAUCCGCCAAAGACUUGGUCGAGGACAUGGUUAGAAUGGGCUUAGCUCCUGAUGCUUUUACAUAUUCUACGCUAAUAAACAGGUUCUCCAAACUAGGACAUAUGGAUGAGGCAAAAGGUGCAUUUCAGAAAUUGAUUGCUUGUGGCUUUACGCCUACUGUCCAUGUCUAUGACUCGUUGCUAAAAGGUUUUAGUAGGAAAGGCGAGACAAAACAAGUUGUUAACUUGCUCAGCCAAGUGGCGGACAAUGGAAUCAUUCUUGAUUCAGAAAUUACUUCUACCAUCUUGACAUGUCUCUGUGAUAGUUCACUAGAUCUUGAUGUAACGGAGCAUUUACCAGAUUUUUCCAAAAAUUUAUCAGAAGGGACAAAUAUCACAUGCAAUGAGCUGUUAACGAAACUAAAAGAUCAUCAAUUGGAGUCCCAAUUACAUGCUGGUUGAUAAUUUUUCAUGUGACGGAAGUGGCAGAUGCAGCAUCUUGUCUUGUCCCUCAAUGCGCUUUCUCAGCUUUAUGAAGUGGGUGCGUAAAGAGAGAUGAUACAGGCCGGACAUGUACUUUUACAGAGACAUGCAAAACAAAACGUGUUUGGCAAGAUUUGAAGAGAGGAAACUUUGUUUGACCAGCAUACAUUUGGAGACAUCAUCAGAACCUUCUUUAGAUAGUGAAAUACCCUGAUCAGAAGCGAUCGCCAUAUAUGAUGAAAUGGGAAUUCACCUGAUCUCUCUAUUUCUUUGCCUUUCCAAGUGAUUCUGAAUUAAGGGAGAAGGUGAAGGAUGACUUCUUGGAACUUUUUCCUCUCAUGAUUGUCUAUGACCCGCCUGAGCACUUAUUUGAAGAUCAAAAACGGAGAAGGGACAGCGACGGUAAUUAGAUGGUCGACAUGAAACAAUGCUCUUUUGCGGUAACUAGAGGGCCGAAAGGAAUUAGAGGUUUUCAUGGCUCGGAGCUUCUUUAUACAUCUACCCCUGAUGUCUUGAGAGAUUAGUCAAUGGUGUUUUGAAUCUUAGAAGGUCAGUGCUCAAAGCAUGCAUAACGCACAAUGCCAGGGUCAGCCCAGGGUUGUCACACAUAUUUGGACUCAAGCCAGUUCGAAUGCCCAGGCCGAGCCCGAAAUUGUUCGAGUCUAGGUCAAGGGUCAUAUUCUGGGCCCGAGCUAAUUCUCUACCCAAGCCUGAUAUUAUUCCA